AGGUGCCAAGGUGAGGGGAGCUGUGUUGUUUUUCAUCGCCGAGCCUCUCCGUCAGUCACCGCCUCACAGCCAAUGGUAAGUUCUCCUCGGUCGGACCGACGCCGCUCUGCUCCGGUCCCUCCUCGUGCUGCCUGUCCUCGCCGUGCACGCGCGUGGUACCCACGGUCGUGAGGAGGAGGAGGAUGUUGCGCGUGAAGGGGAAAUGGCUGCCGAAAACAAGCCGGAAGGACUGAAGAAAGUUCGUAAUCCGGAUCGAAUGUACAGAUCAGCAGUGUGUUAUGCUGGCCACGGUCCACCUAAGACUAUCAGUGAUGACACAGAGACCAACAAUGAACAUGGACAUUUGAAAAUAUACCUGCCCAAGAAGCUGCUUGAAUGUCUACCGAAAUGCACGUCGCUGCCAAAGGAGAGGCACCGGUGGAACACUAAUGAGGAGAUUGCGGCUUACUUGAUAACAUUUGAAAAGCAUGAAGAAUGGCUAACGACAUCCCCUAAAACAAGGCCGCAGAAUGGGUCGAUGAUACUGUAUAACAGGAAGAAGGUGAAGUACAGAAAAGAUGGCUACUGCUGGAAGAAGAGGAAAGAUGGGAAGACCACGCGGGAGGAUCACAUGAAGUUGAAGGUGCAGGGAGUUGAGUGUUUGUAUGGCUGCUACGUCCACUCCUCCAUCAUCCCUACCUUCCAUCGUAGGUGCUAUUGGCUGCUCCAGAACCCCGAUAUUGUCCUGGUCCACUAUUUGAAUGUUCCAGCCAUCGAGGAUUGCGGGAAACCAUGUGGACCCAUCCUGUGUUCCAUCAAUACAGACAAGAAGGAAUGGGCCAAGUGGACCAAGGAGGAGCUGAUCGGCCAGCUCAAGCCCAUGUUUCAUGGCAUCAAGUGGACUUGCAGCAAUGGGAACAGCAGCUCAGGCUUCUCAGUGGAGCAGCUAGUGCAACAGAUUCUGGACAGCCACCAAACUAAGCCACCUCCCCGGACUCACAACUGCCUCUGCACAGGGACCCUGGGUGCAGGGAGCAGUGUUCAUCACAAAUGCAACAGCGCCAAACAUCGCAUCAUCUCCCCUAAAGUUGAUCCCCGCUCCGGAGGCUACAGCAGCGCACACUCAGAGGUACAAAACAACGAUGUGUCCGAAGGAAAGACGGAGCACAGCGCCCAUGGUGGAGGUAAAAGCUCUGGUGGAGGUGGUGGGGGCAGCGCCAGGGAAAAACGCAACGGCAAAGUCCACAAGCCUGUCCUGUUGCACCAGAACAGCACAGAAGUGUCAUCUACCAACCAGGUGGAGGUUCCUGACACCACGCAGAACUCCCCUGUCUCCAUCAGCAGUGGUCUCAACAGCGAUCCAGAUAUGGCGGACAGUCCCGUGGUGACCGGGAUGAGCCAUGUGCCCUCUGUCAUGUCCAGCCUGUCUCAGAGCGUCUUCAUGUCUGAGGUCACUGGAGACCCUGUCUACAGCAUGUCUCCCACUGGGGGACCCAACACUCACCUGAUGGGAGCAGACGCCGCCUCACAGGGUUUGGUGCUGUCUGUGGCCACUGAGCGUCACAAGUUUGCCUUCCCUGGAGGGGGGGUGGUUGAACCUGGGACCACCACAGCAGGAGAUAGUCUGUCCAUGUUGUCUACAGCUGGGGUGUCUGAGGAACUGGUGCUAACCAGCAGUCUGGACGCAGGGGCCAUCAAGAUCCCAGAGACUAAUAUGAACUUUGAUCCCGACUGCUUCCUAAACAACCCCAAACAGGGCCAGACCUACGGUGGCAGUGCACUCAAAACGGAGAAUAACAUCUCUUCAGCAUCUUCAUCUUCUGGUGGUAGCAGCAGCACUAACGGCACGCUGCAGCGCUCACCCAACAUGUCAGACAAUGGCUACACCUUCAGCUCGGCUCUUGUGAAGAACAUCAAGACAGAAGACACCUCUUUUGAGCAGCAGCUGGCCAAAGAGAGUGGCUACCAGGUAGGGGGUGUGGUAAACUGUGGCGGUGGAGUGUCCUCUGGUGCUGGCUCAAAUCAAGGUGGCCUUGGUUUGUCCACUGGAGGCUCUCUGCUACCCUCGGGUGGGGGUUUGAGCCCCAGCACUACGUUGGAGCAGAUGGAUUUCAGUGCCAUUGAUGCAAAGCAAGAAUAUAGUUCUGGCGCUCCCGCAGUGAGUUACAGUCAGGCCAUGUCUAGUCCGCAUAUACAACACCAGAAUCAUUCUCCCAGCUUCUUCCUCCAGGACACUUCUCAAACCAGCCAGACCCAGCAGGGGAGGUCAAGCAUGGGUCCAAAAACACACAUGAUGGAGCACAACUCCCAUGACUCCGGAUCUUACAUGGGACUGCAGGUAGUGAAAACGGACUCCCCAGGCAGCAACGGACACCUUCAUCACCACCAUCAGACCCAGCACAGGGCCAACUGUAAUGGAGGCUCCCCCACGGAGGGGCCUGGUCAGGCUGGCGCUCUCCAGCUGCUGCAGUACCAGGGGCCAUUUCCUGGACUGGGCACUGAACAUGAAGAGGUGGUUGGUCUAGAGCAAGCAGGUAGCGUGAACCCAGCUCCAACUGGUGCAACGGAGAACAGAGCUGAAAAUAUUCUCAAGCCGGGGGACCACAUUCAGGGGUGUGGGCCAGGAAAUGGAGAUGGAGGGGGGGCAGACCACUAUCUGCAACAGGCCUCUGAUGGUGGUGGUGGAGGGGCAGGAGGUGCAGGUGAAGGAGUAACAAUUCAUAAUGGAAACAACAGCAGUGAUGGCAGCAACCGCUCCCAGCAGCUGCAGCCCCUCCUCCAAGGCACCAGUAUGGUACAAGGACUGUACAAUGCUGUGGGACCCCAUCAAGGUCUGGGUGGAGCAGCUAGCAAUGGAGGAGGUGGAGGAACAGGCAUGGAGAUCAGUCUAGACCACUUUGACAUUUCUUUUGGUAACCAGUUUUCUGACCUCAUUAAUGACUUCAUCUCAGUGGACAGCAGUGGAACCGCCAUGACAGCUGGGGGUGCUCUGUAUGCUCACCAGCUAGUCACAUCACACAGCUCGGAAAGCCAGAACACAGCCAGUGGGCUCCCCCAGCAGGGCCCGGAGGAUGGAGGAGCCCGUGGCUCUGGCUACAGCCCGUCAGAGCUCUGCCUUCAGCCCUGCUGCAGCCCCCAGUCUCUGAGUGGGACUGCGGCUGCAGGAGGCACCGCGGGAGAAGCCGGCUCAUUGUCCUACAUGAAUGUUGCUGAGGUGGUCUCUGCUGCUGUUGCCCAAGGGGCUUUGGGGAUGCUGCAGGCCACAGGUCGCCUCUUCAUGGUCACUGACUACUCCCCAGAGUGGUCCUAUCCUGAGGGUGGCGUUAAGGUGCUGAUCACUGGCCCCUGGCAGGAGGCCAGCUCAAACUACAGCUGCUUGUUUGACCAGAUCUCGGUCCCAGCAUCUCUUAUCCAGCCGGGGGUGCUGCGUUGUUACUGCCCAGCUCAUGAUACAGGUCUGGUGACUCUACAGGUGGCCAUCAGUAAUCAGAUUAUAUCCAGUUCUGUGGUGUUUGAGUACAAGGCCCGCGCUCUGACCUCACUGCCAUCCUCUCAGCAUGACUGGCUCUCUCUUGACGAUAACCAGUUCAGAAUGUCUAUCCUGGAGCGCUUGGAGCAGAUGGAGAGAAGGAUGGCAGAGAUGGCCAGCCACCAGCAGUCGAGCAGUGCAGGGAGUGGCGGAGCAGGGGGAGGAGGAGGGGGUGGAGGAGGUGGAGGAGGCAGUGGAGGAGGUGGGGGAGGAGGCAACAACAGCCAGUCACAGUGUGUACCCGGCCAGACGCAGGCCAGCAGCUCCUUCGAGAGUCGUGUUGUGGUGGUCUGCGAGAAGAUGAUGAGCAGAGCUUGCUGGGCCAAGUCCAAACAUUUAAUCCACUCAAAGACCUUCAGAGGGAUGACCCUCCUUCAUCUGGCUGCUGGCCAGGGCUAUGCCACCCUCAUUCAGACACUCAUCAAAUGGCGCACUAAACAUGCUGACAGUAUUGAUUUGGAGUUAGAAGUAGACCCUCUGAAUGUGGACCACUUCUCCUGCACUCCGCUGAUGUGGGCAUGUGCACUUGGUCACCUGGAGGCAGCUGUGGUUCUGUAUAAAUGGGACAGACGUGCUCUAGCGAUCCCGGAUUCCUUGGGUCGCCUGCCCUUGUCAAUUGCACGCUCACGGGGGCACACCAAACUGGCUGAGUGUCUGGAGCAGCUGCAGAGAGAGGAGCAGCAGCCUCCUGCUGCUUUACCUCCCACGAGUCGCAUGUCUUUUUCCCCAGCUCCAGACGCACCCACCGCAGACAGCUGGAUGGUCAGCUGGGCUAAUGAGAACACAGUAGCACCCGGUGGCAAGAAAGGAGGACCUGCCAACACAACAACUACAUCCAGCACCACCAGCCUCAACCCAGACCUUAGAAGACCUAGAUCGGAGCCCUCUAACUGCUACAGCAGUGAGUGCCAACGGGACCUCCCACUAGCUAAAAAACACAAACCUAACCCAGAACUGUUCCAGACGCGACCUGACAAGGCCAUGUCUGUUCCCCUGAGCCUGGAACAGCAACAACUCCACAAGCUGUCCGCCAGCACGAAGAGCAUGUCCCCGGAAGGCCUGAGCUCAGACAAAGGCCUGUCUGCAGGAGGUGGUACUGGAACAAGCAGAUGGAGCUCCAGAGAGAAUUUCUCCUGCAACUUGGGCAGGAAGGCACUAGGGAUCUGUGGGAGCAGCAGUCUAGCAAAAGAGAAGCUAGUCAACCGAUUGCGGCAGCGGGAACAGCUAGGCAUGCUGGUAAUGGCGGACAGAGAGAUGGCUGAUUCAGAAUUGCUGUCAUACCGAGAAGAUCUGGAGAACCAGGACUGUCUCACACAGAUGGAUGACCUGCAGGUGAAUAUGAUGACUCUGGCAGAGCACAUCAUCGAAGCCACUCCUGAGAGGAUCAAAAGGGAGACCUUCACCGCCGCAGACUCCGUGCCCUUAGAGACAUCGGGGGUCGGCACAACAAUGAACUGGCUGGCCAACUAUUUGGGAGAUGUAGAACAGCUGCCUAGCAUCAUUCACCUUCGGUCUCUGUACAACGAGCCCCUGACGCCAUCAUCUCACCCUGGCCUGAGCCCUGGACGGUCUCCUCUCAGAGAGGGAACCCUGGAAAGGUCAGCAGUUCCUUCUCUAGUUGACUGGAGUGAGUUCAUCAAUGCCUCCAACAGCAAGGUGGAGCGAGAGCUGGCCCAGCUGACUCUGUCAGACCCAGAGCAGAGAGAGCUAUACGAGGCUGCCCGUCUGGUCCAAACUGCCUUCCGCAAGUACAAGGGGCGGCCGCUCCGAGAGCAACAGGAAGUGGCUGCUGCUGUCAUACAACGCUGCUACAAGAAAUACAAACAGCUAACAUGGAUAGCCUUGAAGUAUGCACUUUAUAAGAAGAUGACGCAGGCCGCCAUCCUUAUCCAGAGUAAAUUCCGCAGCUACCACGAACAGAAGAAGUUCCAGCAGAGCAGGAGGGCGGCCGUGCUCAUUCAGCAAUACUACCGCAGCUACAGGGAGCUCGGCAGGCUGAGGCCUCAUCAGCGCGGCGCCGCUGCUGCCCUGGUGCAGCACAAACUGAGAGGUAGUCUGCUCUCAAAGAGGCAGGAUCAGGCAGCCAGAAAGAUUAUGAGGUUUCUACGACGCUGUCGUCACAGCCCCUUGAUGGACCAUAGACUGUUCAAGCGGGGUGAAAGAAUUGAAAAGGGCCAGGGAACAUGAGACCCCUCAGAGGAGCACCCUCCCAAUGUGACAUCACUUUCCUGAUUCCUGUCUUUGUUUUUGUUUGUUUCUGAGAGAUUUUACAAGAGAACAGAACAAAAAAGAAAAUAAAAACAUCAAUGCAAGCACUGCUAUCAUUACCACUACAGCAGUGUUACUGGUUCAGCUACUAAAACACCUACAACAACGGGUUUUUUUUUCCACACAUCUUCUGUUUCCACUGACUUGAUUUUGGCUGAAGGGCAUCAGCCACAGGCCUAUAACCUACAACAACAAGGGUGUGUGGGGGAGGAGGGUGCAGAACAUUUCCGUGGUGGUAUUUUUUGCACUUUUCCAUGGAUUGUUUCAGACAGAGAAGGACGACGAAGCAGGACAGGUGGUCUGAGGACUUCGUGCUGCGUGACUGUGGAAAAGAGAGACCAUGCAGAAACACUCUGGGCUCCUUUUGUUUUCUAUGGUUUCUUUUUUAAUGGGUUCAUUCAAAGAUGGAUUUUUUAAAACCAAAUGUGUCGAUACCCCGCCUGUCCACUUCAACCCACUGAUGUUAAUUAAACAAUAUUUCAAUUAGCUUAACUAAGCCGUCCUGUCAUGCUCUACCCCGCCAGGCUGCCCUCGUGGGGAGAGCUACUAAUGAAUGUAGUGGAGUUCAAACACGCAGAAGCAAAUUGGGGAUGAAAUUUUUCUGUUUUAACAUUUCUUAUAAAAGAAAAAAACUCUAUGCUUUAUCGUAUAAAUAUAUAUAUAUAAAUUGUCACUUUACUACUUGAAUUUGUUUCAUAUUGUCCAAUGUACCUCUUCCAUUGUCAAUGUAUUGGUGAUCUGUAUCUUCAGGCUAUAUGUUGUUAAAUCCUACCAAGAAAAAAAAUGCAUGACUUCUUUGGAAGAAAUGUCUUUGCUUGUGUGCUUAUGGCCUAGUCUUUCAGCCUCUCCUCUGGUUUUCAUUUCCAUCCCACUUCAGUGGCCCACUCAUCCACGUUCUCCUUCGUUCAAGCCUCUGUUCGUUCUGUGGGAAAGCUGUCACCAUUUCUGUUUAGCUUGUUUCAUGAAUCGCCCCCCUGAGACCUGACAUGAGAAGAGAACUCCCCUCGUUUCCCUUUUAUUUGGUGUUUUAUUGGUUUUGGUCAUGCAGGUUUGUUACUGUUCUUUUUAAACGAACUUCAGAGUCUAUGAGGCUUUCGAAGGGAAGAUCACAUACAUUGCCUUGACGUCUUAGAGAUUCUUUGCGGCGUCCCUAAGCUUGUCCCAAAAUAGGGGUUUGACAAAUCCGUAUUUUUGACAAUUGAGUGAUUUCUGUAAAUAAUGAAGGCUGCAAGUGUAGGAAGAAAAAUGAAUAGGAAAACACGUGCUCCUUACGGGAUUGUAUUUUAGAAAUAUAUUAUUUUAUUCAUUAAAAAUGGGUCAAAACAGGAUCAAGACAAAAACAGAAUAUUUGUAUAGUUUUGUUUGAAUGCUGAAAAUGUAAGGUUGUAUUGUUUGUAAAUAGUGUAAAUAUCUGGGAUUAAAACGAGCUACUUGCAUGAAAAGUAUGAACAGUCAAAAGAGAGGGAAAUAAAAACAAACAACAAAAGCAGUAGUGGCUAUGCUAUGUAAAAUGAAAAUAUUUCACUAUUAGAGUAUUUCACUUUAUUUUGAUUGUUCCGGAGAUGAACAUUUUGCUAAAGCAUGAUAUUAAUACAUAUGAAAAAGUUUAAAAAUAAUGUAUUUAGUGUUAGGAGAGGUCUUCAAACUUAUCUUAAAACCACUAUAGUUAUGUUCCUUUUUUAUUAUUUGUUUCUUUUGGGCUCCCAAGAAACUUUUGCCAAUGGUGCCAAGAUGUGUGAUAGCUGUAGAGCUCAAGAAGAUAAUUAGGUUCAUUCUGUUGCAGAAUAGAUAAUCAUACAGUGACUUCAUACACAUCAGCACCGAAAACCGUAAAGUCAGAAUCGCCCAGACUAAAAGGUAAAAAAGGGUCGCAGAGGGACUCCAGCAGACAGCUGAUCGUGUCUCCAUCAUCCAUGCGUAGGACAUUUAUUCAUCAAAACCAUGUCAAAGUUGUUUGGUUUUAUGGAAAUGGAAUGUGAUUGAAAUGUCAAGGUAUCGUUUCUGAACCUAAAGAUUGUAAAUGAUUGCCUUGCUGAUUGGAUUUCUGUAAAGCAGUCUGUGUAAUUCCUCUCUGUCACUGGAACCAAUGGAUCUCGUCUUUUUUGAUGUGAAGCGCGCGGCGCCUAGCUCUGAGUGAUUUCCGUUCUAUUGAAUGUUGUGGAACCGGUGGUAACAUGGUGUAACAGUCAAGAUUCAGACAACCACGUCUUGUAUCUUAUGCCAAAAGAACAAAAAAGAGAGAAACGUCUGCGUUAAAACAGGAGCUAAUCACAGUGCGUCUGCGUCAUGCAGUCGAAUGCUCGUUUGAGAUGUCGUUGUGUGUCUCCAGUAAGGAAGACUCGGUGAGCUGAAAUGACUGUAGUCUUUAGUGUGUAGCUCUCUGCACUUGUGCCACUUACAGAGCCUAACAUGUGUACCGAACACUGGAUAAUGUGAUAAUAGUAUUGUACGUUUAGAUUAAGAGAGAAUAACAGCCGAUUUGUUCUAGGUGCCUAUUGGCUGCUGUCUAAUUCUUGUCGAUUAUUCCUACCAGAAAGUAUCCAAACAUGUGAACAUUCAGCCAAGUGCCACUUAAAAAUGUUUUGGUUUUUAUUUCUUUAUCAUCAUUAGGAUAAUGGGUAUUUUUCUGAUUUCUGACCGAUUGGUUGUUUUUAUUUAUUUAUUUAUUUAUUUGUUGUGUUGAUGUAUAGAAAGUGCCUAUUCAUGUCCUCAUCUAACACCAAUCCAGAAUGAUUUCCGUCUACCUGACCUCGAGGGAGUGGUGUGCGUCCUCUGCAUGACGCCGCAUCAUCGUCACCCACCGUACCAUUACGCUCACCAGAGCCGCGGCGACACCAGGUCGAGCACGCUGGCCUUUCAGCAUUCCGGCAUUGCUCUUUAUUUUCCCGCCCCUUCCAUUUUCUACCGGGACAGCUUGUUGUUUAAAAAUGCCACUACUGGGGUUUGUUGCCUCGCACUCAUACUCUAGGCUAAAAAAUAAAUAAAAAUAAAAGGAGAAGGAUUUCUUAUGCUUGCAUGGGUAAAAUAGCUAACGGGGUGACAGAGCUGCACCUAUAGCAUGCUUAUUUUCUUUGAAUUGGUAGUCGAAUAGACUUGUUAAAGACAUGCUGCUCUGCACCACGAGGAAGAACACGUUUGCUGUGUCAAAAACUCGGCAAACCUACAAAUUCAGCCGGUAUUCAGCAGCAACACUGUUGUUUUCAUUAAAAAGCAUGAAGACCGAAAUCAAAGCAGGCAAGCUGUGACUCUCCGUUCUAAAUUUGAUUUGCUUGGUGUUAUUCAUUUAGGUUAGGACCAGUUUCAAUUAAACUUAAUGAAGGUUUGCUGAAGGAACACAAUCAACCGUAUGUGUAAGGCACUGAAACGGCACACAACCAGACGUGUGAGUGGUGGCGGCGGCGUAGAGCGUGGGUUUACCUCCCUUCUGUAUUUUACUCAGGGUGCCAAAACGGGGGAGGAGGAAAUGGAGCGGGGCCUGUGUUUCACAUCAGAGGGAGCUAAAACAGGCAGGACAACCUUCAGUGGUGCUUUCUGGUAAAAGUGAAAAAUGUCACGGGGCUGACAGGUUCACUGUGGGGAUGCUAAAGUCUUUCAGAUGAAUUCACAUAACAGAUGGUCCAUUUCCUCUCGGUAACCUCGAACACGACAGACCCUACUGGAGCCCUGGAACAGAGUCGACUUUAUACAGCUCGUUAGUAUAAAUGAUUAUACCUUCUCUCAUGGAAACCCGUCAAAUCAUGGUAUAAUUCUGGCCGCUUCCUUAGGCCUUUCAUUUAUCUAAGUGGCACUGGGUAGAGGGUAUUUAAGAUUAAGGGCAUAGUUCUAUGAAAAUUGCACCAACAAAUCUUAUUUUUACUGCCAUUUAUGAGUGGGACGAAAGGUCUAGCUGACGGGCGCUACAUCGUCAUCGGUUUUGAGACGUUCUGCGAAAUGACCUGAGAAUCUGCCUUUCCUCCUCUUCUUUUUCUGAAGCACCCAAAGGUAGGCGCGUCAGGACGGCAGAACAGAGGCGGGUUUACGGUGAAGUCCACUCGUCGACACAGAGCAAUAAAGAGCUGUUUAACAAAGACCUAUUGGCCUAGCCAAAGUUUCACAUGACUGGACCCAUGUAGUCGACAUACUCUUAUGCAAAUGCCAGUAUUGCAAGACAAGCAUUCAGUAGUUUAUGGACAGCAAUUGUACGGCACCCUUUACCGAACUGCACGUUUUCAUCAAUUCCAAACAGAGAAGAAAAAAAGGGCCCUGCUUUGAUAGAAAGUUAGGGGUCCUCGGCACUUUGCAUGUGAACUAGUGUUAGAUCUCUUUUCCUCUCCUCUAUAGCUGUCUUUCUCUCUGUCUUUCCCUGUUCUGUGAUCCAGUUUUUCUCCUCUCCCAACCCUCAAAACUCUCAUCUCCUCUUGGUUCUCCUAAUGUGUUUUGCUUUCCUCUUUCUUCCCUUCUCUUGUUUGUAAGUUUUAUUUUUGUAAUUGUGCAUGUACAAGCGUCACUGACUCAAUGGGUAUGUUUAAAAAUCUUAAAAAAGAGAUAUCAGCUGCUGAAGCCAUGCAAAACAUUUUGAAUUGCCCUUAAAAUAUGGAAGAUGUUUUCUGAAUGCUUUAUAUUCUUUCUGCUGUAAAAUAAUAAAAAAAAGGAAAAUAAUGAACUCCAGAAUCAA